AUGCAUGGCGCUGAAACUCAGUUCCUGGUCGGCCUUGAGGGCACUGAGGUCCACACUGACGCCAAGACAUACCUUCAGUUGCCCUCCCAGACAUGGGUAAUAACCGAGAAACUUGACGAGACAUCUCUUGUGAUGACCCAGAAGGACAUGGACCACGGCGGCCUUGAUCCUCCGUUUGCCGCUGCUAAAUUCCUCUGCCACCGCAAGGAUGACCCAACCAAGAAGCCAGCGUUUUUGCGAAUUUACCACCAAAUCCCCAUCGCAGGCACCGAGUUCUCGAACUCCAGAAUUCGAGCAAACCAGGCUGUCCCACCAAUUGAUCAUCCUGAGCUGGAUACAUUGAAGAUGUUGAAGGAAAAAAACUGCAAGGUUGUUCCCGACCUUCUUGGCUAUCAAGAAGGACAGCAAGGAGAUGAUGGUAUUGUUCCCUCCGGCUUCAGCACCUGUGUCGUCUGGGACAAAGUACCUGGGGAGCCUCUGACGCAGGAGUAUUUCUGGAAUAAAAAGCCCCUGACCCGCAAAGCAAUCCGUGAAGAGUUCCGCCGAGUUUAUCAACAACUUGUGCGAUACGGUGUUCAGCCACGUAUGCCCACGUCAACAAAGCUCAUAUAUGAUGAGUUGACCGGAACAAUGCAUAUUUCAGGUUUCCAAAAUGCUGGUCCUAUUGACAGCACCCAGAAAUGGUCUGAUACCAACUACGUCUUGUAUGACCUGGCCAAGCGACCUCCCAGACCGGAUUGGUACCUCGACAGCAGUGGGUGGGAGUUCUGA